CCACAGCCGAGGGCAAGUCUGUUUAGACGGCCCUUCUAAGAUACUGUACUGACGGAGUAAUCAGGUUAUGAAUAGAGGUUAAAGGUUAAAGUUGAAUAAAAGCGCGGGAAGUCGAAAACUGACUGUAUUUCCAGGGAGGAUUGGUGAUUGCGGCUUUCUCAAGUUCUACCACCUGAACCAACAUGAAUCUGUGUGAUUUUGAAACAGACAAUACGAAAAGUUGUGUAGUUGGGUCUGAAGUACCAGACGUGACGAAAGGAGAGCCGUGCUGCCUUGGGAUCGACGAGGCAGGCAGAGGUCCGGUGCUCGGACCAAUGGUGUACGGCAUCUGCUACUGUCCACUGUCAGGGCAGGACAGGCUCAAGGACAUGGGAUUCGCAGAUUCUAAAACCCUGACAGAGGAGCAGCGAGAGAAGCUGUUUGAGGCCAUCGCCGGGGCAGGAGAGUUCAUGGGCUGGACCAUCCACAUCCUGGCACCCAAUGCCAUCUCCAACUGUAUGCUCAGGAGGAGUAAGUACAACCUGAACACCCUGUCUCACGACACAGCCAUCGGGCUCAUCCAAAGAACCUUAGACAGUGGGGUCAAUUUGCAGGAGGUGUAUGUGGACACAGUAGGUGAUGCGACCAAGUACCAGGACAAGUUGAAGGGCAUUUUCCCCGACCUUGACAUCACCGUCACUCCCAAGGCUGAUGCCAAGUUCCCCAUCGUCAGUGCUGCCAGCAUAUGUGCCAAGGUAGCGCGAGACAGGGCUGUGAAAGGUUGGACAUUCUUCGAGGAGAAAGAUGGCAACUCAAUCAGCCGAAAGUUUGGCUCAGGCUAUCCCAGUGAUCCUGAAACAAAGAAGUGGCUGGCCAGCAUGGUGGAGCCGGUGUUUGGUUUCCCUCAGUUUGUUCGCUUCAGCUGGUCCACAGCCAGCAAGAUACUGGACGACAAGGCCGUCCCUGUCAACUGGGAUGAUGAGGAUGAAGAUGAGAAGGCGGCGACCCCUUCUGUCAUGUCCUUCUUUGCUGCUAAGGGAGAGGAUCCCAAGCAGAAGAAACACCAGUAUUUCCAAGAACGGUUCCUUCACACUGUUACAGACUUUGGGUCUUAAA